AAGAAGAGCAAAAUAACUAAUAAGAAUGAGAGUUUCAUUUGGAAUUGACCGCUCUAUUCCAUUUCCUCUCCUCAUUAAUCCCACCAACAGAACCCCUUCUCUCUCUUUCCACCCAUCUCUCUCCUUUUCAGGAAGGAAAAAGCUCUUAGCAUGUGCGCAAAGUCGUGGUCGUAUCAGGGUUCAACAUUCUAGGGCAUCUAUGGAUUUGACAAAGGAAUUUCCGACAUUGAAUAGAGAUCUUUAUCCAAAUAUAGAACCAUACAGCUCAGGGUUUUUGAAGGUUUCAGAUCUCCACACAUUGUAUUGGGAGCAGUCAGGGAAUCCGAAUGGGCAUCCAGUAGUUUUUCUCCAUGGAGGACCGGGAGGUGGAACAUCACCUACUAAUAGAAGAUUCUUUGACCCUGAAUUCUACCGUAUCAUCCUAUUUGAUCAGCGAGGUGCAGGUAGGAGCACUCCACAUGCGUGUUUGGAGGAAAACACAACAUGGGACCUGGUUGACGACAUUGAAAAGCUAAGAGAGCAUUUGGACAUUCAAGAAUGGCAGGUGUUUGGUGGGUCAUGGGGGAGCACGCUUUCCCUUGCAUACAGCCAAACACAUCCCGACAAGGUUACUGGCAUGGUUCUUAGAGGCAUUUUUCUGUUACGGAAGAAGGAACUUGAUUGGUUUUAUGAGGGUGGUGCAGCUGCAAUUUUCCCAGAUGCUUGGGAGUCGUUUCGAGAUUUUAUUCCAGAAAAUGAGAGGGGCAAUUUCAUUAGUGCCUACAGUAAGAGGCUGAAUAAUAGCAAGGAUCUCGAAACACAGUAUGCAGCUGCUAAAACAUGGACUAAGUGGGAAAUGUCUACAGCACAUCUUCAUCCAAAUGAGGACAAUAUCAAAAAAGGGGAUGAUGAUGCCUUUUCAUUAGCAUUUGCACGGAUUGAAAACCAUUACUUUGUGAAUAAGGGAUUUCUGCCCUCAGAUUCAUUCCUGUUGGACAAUAUUGAAAAGAUACGGCAUAUUCAAACAGUAAUCGUGCAGGGAAGAUAUGAUAUGUGCUGCCCAAUGAUGUCGGCAUGGGAUCUUCACAGAGCAUGGCCAGAGGCAGAAUUAAAGAUCGUCCAGGAUGCGGGCCAUUCCGCAAAUGAACCUGGGAUUGCUACUGAGCUAGUGGCAGCCAAUGAGAAGCACAAGAACAUUUUGAAAGCAAAUGGGGUAAUUACAUGAGUAGCCGUGGGCUUCAAGUUCUUGCAACUUCAAACUGCUGGAUUGUCUGAAUGUAAAAGAAUCAAAAGCAAUAUAGGAGCCCAUCUUGUCCAGUUCAAUGUAUAUCUGAUAUUCAGAUUUCAGAAUAAAGGAGGGAAAUUUACAAUGAUUAAUAACCCAUUGAGCUUGUAAGAUUCAGGUGUUGUUCUCAGGUUACAAGUUGGAUUUCAGCUUCUUAGUCUUUCCAAAAGAAAUUUCAAAAUGUUAUGUUUGGAUAUUGAUGUGGUACUAAAAUGUUUUUGCUUUUGGA